AUGCAUUCUCCUAUAUUCAUACAUGCUAAUCUUCCGAUUCAGUCUCUUUCCACGUACUUCGUCGUUCGAUUUCUCCUAUCGCGACUAGAACUCGACCCUGAGGGUCAAAAGCACGAGGAGGCUAAGAAGAAAUCGGCCGCGAUAUUACGAAGGCUAGACCGUGGUGAAGAUUCAGAUGACAGUUCAUCAAAUCGCAAGAAAAACUCUCAAGGCAGCAGAAAGCAAGACCUUGUUCUCACCCAGUAUGAGCAGGCUAUUGCGAUGGAUGUCGUGGCGCCAGAGGAUAUCCCGGUUUCUUUUGAAGAUAUCGGUGGCCUUGAUGAUAUAAUUGAAGAGUUGAAAGAAUCGGUCAUAUAUCCGUUGACGAUGCCCCAUCUCUACCGAUCGUCGUCGUCUCUGCUAAGCGCUCCUUCCGGGGUUCUUUUAUACGGCCCACCAGGAUGUGGUAAGACAAUGCUGGCCAAAGCAUUGGCUCAUGAGAGUGGAGCCUGUUUUAUCAAUCUUCAUAUCUCGACUUUAACCGAGAAAUGGUACGGGGAUUCGAACAAAUUGGUCAAUGCCGUCUUCUCCUUAGCCCGAAAACUGGAGCCAAGUAUUGUGUUCAUAGAUGAGAUCGACGCCGUACUGGGCACUAGAAGGAGUGGGGAGCACGAAGCCAGCGGCAUGGUGAAGGCUGAGUUUAUGACACACUGGGACGGAUUGACUUCGGCGAGCGCGACGGGACAACCGCAGCGCGUUAUGAUUCUUGGAGCGACAAACAGGAUCCAGGACAUCGAUGAAGCGAUUCUGCGACGCAUGCCCAAAAAGUUCCCCGUAACCCUUCCGGCAGCCGCCCAGCGACUGAGAAUAUUGGCUUUGGUUUUGAAGGACACAAAAAUCGAUAGAGAAAAUUUCGAUACGCAAUUACUCGUCCAGGCUAUGGCUGGCAUGUCCGGCAGCGAUAUCAAGGAGGCCUGCCGCGAUGCCGCCAUGGUCCCCGUUCGUGAACUCAUCCGAUUCAAAAGAGAUACUGGAGGGCUAAUGAGCUCAAUGAACCCCGACGAGGUACGAGGGCUGAGGACCGAUGAUUUCUUCAAAAAGGCGGGUGGUGUAAAGCCUGCCAGAUCUUUCUCUGGGGCCACACAGCCAACAACUAAGAAGCCACAAUCCGAGAAGGAAUGGUCUACGGAAUCAGAGCCUGAUACUGUAGAGACCAAACCUGAGCUCGUUCCGAUCGCGGAUGGGCCAGAUUGA